CGACAAACCUUCCGACGACCACGAUCAGAUGAGCGAGGACCGGAUCGAGACGGACGAGUGUGUCGACCCUCUGACCCUGCUCCGGAGCAUGCCCGAGGCGCCCCUGGAAUGCCAGGUAUGCGUCGUCGGGGCCGGUCCGGCCGGCCUGAUGCUGGCAUGCAACCUCGCCCGGUACGGUAUCAAGGUGGAGAUUGUGGACGAUAGGGCAGACCAGACACCCGUGGGAAGGCAAGUGAACCCCGACCCUCGUGAACAUCGUCACGAUUCCUGAUCUGACCCUGUCUUUGUAGGGCCGACGGUCUACAGCCCAAGUCCAUCGAGACCUUUCGGCAGAUGCGCCUAGCGGACCCCCUUCUUCAGCGCGGCGUCCGGGUCUACGACAUCGCCUUUUGGCGCAGCACCGCCGACGAGCCUCUCCAUCGGCUCGGCCGCGAGAUCCACUACCCGCCCGUCAUCGACGUCCUGGAUCCCUACCUCUUGCUGGUGCACCAGGGCAUGGUCGAGAGCUUGUUCAUCGAAGACCUCAAGAAGCGUGGCGUCGAGGUGCGCAGGAAUACGGCCUUUGACUCGUACAGCGUCUGCGAGAACAAGGCCGGCCCCCUCCAGGUCAACUGCCGGACCAACGUGACCCAGGAGCGCAGGUCGCUCCUCACGCAAUACCUCGUCGGCUGUGACGGCGCCCACUCCAAGGUCAGAAAGAGCAUUCCCGAGGCCAAGCCGGUUGGCCUGUCGCAGCCCAUGGUCUGGGGCGUGCUCGACGGCGAGCUCGUGACCGACUUCCCCGACAUCUGGUCCAAGACGCUGGUGUACUCACAGGAGCACGGCUCCAUCCUGAUCAUUCCUCGCGAGCGCAACAUGACUCGCUUCUACAUCGAACUCAAGACCUCUCCUAGGGCGGACAAGAGCCAAUUCGGCCAGGAGUUCGUCAUGCAGCGCGCAAAGGAGAUCAUGGCCCCGUUCGAGGUUGGCUGGAAGUACAUUGAGUGGUUCGGUCGCUAUCAGAUAGGCCAGCGGGUCGCGAGCCGUUUCUGCGACAGCCAUCGUCGCGCCUUUCUCGCCGGAGACGCCAGCCACACGCACUCGCCCAAGUCGGCCCAGGGCAUGAACACGUCGAUGCACGAUGCCUGGAACCUCUGCUGGAAACUCAACCUCGCCGUCCGGGGCCUUGCGAAGCCGGCGUUGCUCGAGAGCUACGAGCAGGAACGGCGAAAGAUUGCCUUGGAUCUCGUCAACUUCGAUUACGAACACGCAAACCAGAUCGCCGGAGGGGACGCGGUGGCGCUUGCGGAGAACUUUAGGACCAACGUGCGCUUCAUCUCGGGCAUCGGGGCCGAGUACGGCGAGAACGCCAUCAACAUGCCCGCCUCCCAGUCCUGGGUCAUGGGCGAGGCCAAGCCGGGCUGCCUGCUGCCGCCGGCCAAGGUGACACGUUACCUUGACUCCAACCCGGUCGAUAUCCAGCUCGACAUCCCCAUGCUGGGCCAGUUCCGUGUCUACCUGUUCAUGUGGGAUGUCCACCAAUCCCGCAUCUUCCUAGAAACCUUCUGCCAGGCUAUCGCGUCAAGCAAGUCCCUCAUAAGCCAGCUCUCCGCCGCAGCAAGCAUCUCGUAUGCCAAGCAACCUCGUGCCCCCGCCCCGGAGGACAUCUACCUCCGUCCGGAGCGCUACACGGCCGUCAGCCACCUCUUCACAUUCGCUCUGAUCACUACCAUGCCCAAAGCCGACAUCGAAAUCACCGACCUCCCGCCUCUCCUUCAAGACAGCCGCUGGACGUUUUACCUGGACAAUGUCCCCGAGCUGGACACGCGCGGCUCGCUGUGCACCAACAAGUGGCUCGGCAGUCUCGGCCCGGGCGAGGUGGCCAUCGUGAAUGUGCGCCCCGACGGCUAUGUCGGCUCCAUCGGCCGCUGGGACUCGAGUAUCGACGAAUCCGGAGAGGAGGCGGCCCAGUGGAUGGAUGACUACUACUCGAGGUUUCUGCAGGUACCUGCCUCGGUGCAGGUCUAAUAAUGAUGGGGAACGUGAGACGUGUCUGCCGUCUAUGCAAGCGUCGGUUGGCGGGGCCCGGGAAGGUGUCCUUGAAGGGGAGGGAAUGCAUGGGGUAGGCGAAAUAAAGCGAGGGCCCCCGGGGGUUGAAGGGGAUCAGAAACACCCGCGCUCCGAGCUGCCGGUUCAUAUGUAACGGUGUGGGUGGUGCAAGACAGUCAGUUUGAUAAUGGGGUUCUCCUGCAGCAGCAGUCCACUUUGAGCCCCUUCCUCGUUGCUCUUCUGUUCUUGUCCUUUCCCUUCCCCUCUUUCCUCUUUGCCUCG